AUGCACAACCAACGUAUCUCCUCGGCUAUUGCUACACAUCCGGUAACUACACGUCAAACAGUCUAUACAAAUCUAGAUUCUCUGAUAUCCGCUCUUCGUUCUCAAUCAUCCGACAAAGGUUUCUAUAGCUAUGCCUCCGGUUCUUCCUUGACCACAACGGUUUACGGAAAAUAUCUCUGCCGUGGAGACAUCUCAUCCUUAACCUGUGAAACAUGCAUCUCAAGAGCGUCAAUAAACGUUCUUAUAGAAUGUCCUCUCCAAAAAGAAGCUAUCAUAUGGUACGAAGAAUGUUUCCUUAGAUACUCCAACAGUAAGAUUUUCUCCAUAUUUGAUAAUGGACCGUUCGUUACAUGGACAACGUACGAAACCAUGAUGUAUCCAUACAGUUUCAUUAAUACCGUGGAGUACCGUUUGGACUGGCUCAUACCAGAAGCUUACUCGAGCUCUUCAUAUUUCGCAAGAGAAACAUAUUAG